AUGGAGGGGAAUACAGGGAGAUCUAUGCGGGGUGAAGAUUCCCACCGGAAGCUGCUCGAUUUGAUCCCAAAUGGGGGUGGGCUGGAGCUGAGUCUCGCCCCUCCCGGUGGAGAUAGCUGGUCACCGGCGGCGGCUCCGCCGCCGGCGGAGGACCCUCCUCCCAUUCUCUCUCUUCUCAGGGUCGUCACUUCUCCGCCCACCUCGCAGAAGAGGUCAGCGCCACCCGGUUUCUCUCUCUCUCUCUCCUCGACGGCAAACUGACGGCGGGUCUUCGCUCUCUUACUUUGCAGAGACACCGCCGUUGCUGUCGUCGGGUGGCCCCCCGUCCGAGCCUUCAGGAGGAACCUCGCCGGCAAGGGGCCGGCGUCGGCGGCUGAGGCAGGCGGUUCAGUGAGCGCCGAGAAGGCGGGUCUGUUCGUGAAGAUCAACAUGGACGGGGUGCCCAUCGGGAGGAAGGUGGAUCUGAAGGCCUGCGGCGGCUAUCAGAAGCUCUCUUCCGCCAUUGACGAGCUCUUCGGAGGCCUCCUCGCAGGUAGCAGUAGCAGCAGCUGGAAGAUCCAUCUUCCUUUUGUUCUCGAUAACCUUUUUAAUCCUCUUCCUCCUGCGUGAUUCACAGCUCAGAGAGAAAAGAAGGAGGCGCUCACAGGGCUGUUGGACGGCAGCGGCGAGUACACGCUCGUGUACGAGGACGAGGAGGGAGACAAGCUGCUCGUUGGUGAUGUGCCUUGGGAGUAAGCUCUCUCUUUCUCUCUCUCUCUAUCUCUAUCUUUCCCUCCCUUCUUUCUCUCUCUAUGUUCUGUUCUGUUCUGAUGGUAGGCAUGUAUGGUGUGCCGUAGGAUGUUUGUUUCUUCUGUGAAGAGACUGCGGGUUCUGAAGAGCUCCGAGCUCCUUGAACUGCCUGCAAGAUGCCCUCAGAGGUAGCUCGUGGCUCUGGCCAACAGGGGGAUCCGCCGCCUUCUCGCCGCCCUCUUCCGCUAUGGUCAAAGGGGAGAUGCUAAUUGUACGAGAUCUAUAUGGGGUGUAGUAGAGAAGGACCUUGUGUAUUGUCUAAUAUUUCUCUCUCUAUAUCUAUUCCACUGUCUCCCUUUCUCUCUCUCUCUCUCUACGACCAUGUAGAGAAUCUGAAGAUCUUUUCCUAGGGAGAAUGGCCCCUCCCAUAGAUGAACAGCUCAAGUGGCUUUGAUGGCCCAUCCAUCAGCCAGCCCAAAAACCCCACUCAAUAAUUCUAAGUCAACUGCAUUAUUUAGAACCCGAUGAACAGCAGGCACAUAAUAUUCUAUGAUUCACGAAGAACAAUCAUAUACUAGUGAAUAAAAUCGAUUCAUGGGUUUUGAUAACCAUGCAUAAAUCAACAAAAAAAAUCAUGCUUUAUAUACCAUUUCACGCCGUCAUUUACUACCCGGGUGAUGGAUGCUUACCUGCAGACUGCCCCGAGCUGGUCUUGACUUCGAGGAUGACCCCGACGAGCAAUGGAUGACAGAAGGUCUUCCCGGUCAACCUCUUACUUUUCUCCCCUGUGCAUUGCAUUGGAUGGAAGAGGAUUCAAGACACAAGAGGAAAAGAUCCAAGAAUCGGAAGAUAAAUAGUCGGGAAAAUGACUUGAAUUGUGAGCAUCAAUUCUCUUGCAGUCAAUUCGGAGCAUAAUCUCUAGAACUAUUAUAGUACUCGCAGUAAGCAAGCAGCAUGGACCAAAGAAACAAAGGUUCGAUCUUGUCUAGAAGAAGAAGUUGGGGGAAACGAGCUUAAUGGAAUCCCACCGGAGAGAGUCACAGAACAGUAAACACCUCAAGAAAGCAACAAUGGCAGAUCCUGCCCGAACAGUGAAAUAUCGCCAAGAAACCCACGAAGAUGAUCAUAAAUUGAGAUGGAUCUGACGUUGGAGUAUAAAAUGAUGAUAUAGCUCCUGCCCAGUUGCAUGUCUGGUCUGAUCUCGAUAAUGCUAGAACAAUAUGAAAAUUUGGCAUAGAGAGUCCACCGUCUCUGAGCGGAGUUCCCUCCCCUUUCAGGGGAAGCAUGAAAGAACCACCAUCAGAGCACACAGUAGUAUCUUCAGCUCCACCUUGCUCCUCUGUAAACCCUAAGAGAGGAGGAGGCCCAACUGUAUUCGGUGGAAUAGGGCAGAAAACUUCAUCAAGGAGACACACACACCCCCCAUGA